UCCAUCAAUUUUGAGAAUCAAAUUUUUAUCACUUUAAUGAAAGUACGACAGAACUACACACAGCUUCACCAAGCCCAAUUGUUUCAUUGUUAUAGCAUUCACUCAUGUUUUGCAUGAAAUUUUGUUUGAUGACCUAAUGACGUCUAUUCCAUCCCAGGAAAAAGACAAGAUCUCAGCAACCUCCUCUUUCAGGCAAUUUGAAUCCUGUCAGAUUGUUAUAGACUGCACAGAUAUUGAGGUUGCUGCACUGGGAUUGAUGAGUCAGCAAAAUGCAACCUAUUUAUCAUACAGAGGAAUGAAUUCCUUUAAGGUCAUAGUUGGUGUUGCACCAAAUGGAGUCAUUACUAAUGUCAGUCGGCUGUAUCCAGGUUCUAUUUCAGACAAGGCCAUUGUGCAACAGUCUGGACUCCUUAAUCACUUGACAGCUGGAGAUAUGAUUCUGGCGGACAAGGGUUUCCUUAUCCAGGAUGUUGUACCACAUGCUGUCUGUGUCAAUAUUCCACCUUUUCUGAAUAAUGGAACUUUCACAGAGAGUGAGGUCAAGAAAACAAAAGCCAUAGCUAAAGCACGGAGUCAUGUCGAAAGAGCCAAUGCUAGUCUGAAAGACUUCAAAAUUUUAGGCGUCAUUCCUUUGUAUUUGCACUGCUAUGCUGACAUUUUGUUUCAGUUAUGUGCAACACUUGUAAAUUUGCAAUUUCCUCUCAUCAAAGAGGAAUGCGAAGAUAUGGUUUUUGAGUAGUUUUAUGCUUGAAGACUACAUUGGACAGUUUUUUAAUAAUUAUUGUUGUUCAAAUAGAAAUAAAAUAAUUUGUAGACUGAGGCUUACUUAGAAGAAAAUACAGCUAGAGGGGUGUGGGGAGGUGGAGCAUUCUAAUAUAACAGUAAAGGGAUGAUUUUACCUCCUAGGGAUUACAAUAUUUAUCAUCUGGUACAGCCUGGGUGUACAUAGGGUGUCAAAUAAGAUCACUGCAAGAAUUCUUUUAUCAUGUUUAGGAGAACAGAAGUUAAAAGAAGUUUUGACAUAUGUUUUACAAUGGAUGUCUUUUUGGGGAUAAAAAUAAAAGCAAGUACUGCCCACACAUCCCAUCACUUUUAUAUGGGAAUUUCCAUUCCCCCCAGGAAAACAACAUUAAAUGAUGUACCAUAUUUCCAUGUCUUUUAAAUACCAUGUUAUCCUUGUGUUUAUUAAUAAAAAUGCAAAUAUA